ACACAGUAAGCCCGCUUUGUGUCUGGUCGGCCAAAGUUUAGUCAUCGAAAAUCCCCCGCCUUUAUACAACUUAGCUUUACACAAAUUGAACGUACUCUGGAUAAAGUACAUUUUUUUGGAGGGAUCCACGGUUUUAAUACUUACUCCAAAAUGAGAGUUAAGCUGCGGUGCAACUCCAAACAAUGGACCAUAUAGGACAGAGGAUGUAUAUUCGCACUACAAUAUUUUAUUUUUUAUUUGCGUAGCUUGUGUUGGAAACAUGAAGCUCACGGAUAGCGCGUUAAGGAGUUUUCGGGUUGCACGAAUAUACCAAGACAAUUCCGAGAGAGUCAAUUGUUUGGACUACAGUCCGAACGGUGAAAAUGCGGUCUCAAGCAGCGACGACGAUCGCAUUGUGUUGUAUGACAUGAUCCGAGGAAAGCCUAUUCACACCUUGUACAGCCGGAAAUACGGGGCAGACCUGAUCCGUUACACACAUGGAGAUUCUCAGAAAGUCAUCUACAGCUCCAAUAAACUGGAUGAUACGAUCCGCUAUCUGUCGCUGGCUGACAACAAGUACAUCAGAUAUUUCCGAGGCCACACUGCCAGAGUUAUUGCUCUGUCCAUGUCCCCAGUGGAAGACAUGUUCAUUUCAGGUUCCUUGGACAAAACAAUACGUAUCUGGGAUCUGCGUGCUGAGAACUCUCAGGGUCUAACAAACCCUCUGGGGAGACCAAUUUGUUCCUUUGACCCAGAUGGGCUCAUCUUUGCCGUCGGGGUAGAAUCCCAGGCCAUUAAGCUGUUUGACGUGCGCGCUUUUGACAAGGGCCCCUUUAAGUCCUUUGAGUUGACGCUGAAUCGGAGCUGCGACUGGAGCGGACUUAAGUUCAGUAAAGACGGCAAACAGAUUCUCAUCUCUACUAACGGAGGAAUCAUUUGCCUACUCAAUGCUUUUAGUGGAGAUGUGCUGCACACUUUCUCGGGCUACAACAACAGCAGAGGCUUAACUUUGGAGGCGUGUUUCACCCCUGACUCCCAGUUCGUCAUGAUAGGCUCAGAGGAUGGGAGAGUACAUGUUUGGAACACUGAGAACGGGAUGAAGGUGGCUGUGCUGGACGGCCAACAUCAACAGCCCAUUGGCGCAAUGCAGUUUAACCCCAGAUACAUGACUUUUGCCACGGCCUGCUCGACCAUGUUGGUGCUGGAGUCGUGCAGACCGCCGGCACAGAGCUGGGACAAGGACUACGACCACUUCCUGUUACCUCUGCUGACGCCGCAGGAGCCCUGCUACUUCCUCUACCGCCUGGACUCCCAUAAUGCACUGGGCUACGAGUGGAUCUUCAUUGCGUGGUCACCUGACCAAUCGCCGGUGAGGCAGAAGAUGGUGUAUGCGGCCACUCGUGCAACCUUGAAGAAAGAAUUUGGAGGCGGUUACAUCAAAGACGAGGUGUUUGCCACAGUUGAGGACGACGUGUGCUUCCAGGGCUACUUGCGUCACAUGACCUCCUGUUGCUGUCCGCCGCCUCUCACAGAAGCGGAACAGGAACUCCAACGAAUUCGAGUCACAGAAGAUAAUGUAGUUUGGGAUGAACGUAGACGAAUUGGGACUUCUCGUGCAAGAGUUCCAAUGGAGUUUGGCAUCGACAAAAGGGUCUCUCAGGGUCUGGCCUUCCCUCUACAAGAAGAGGCCAAACGUGCUCUGCAGCAGCUCAAGCACAAGCGGAUCAACUACAUCCAACUGAGGUUGGAUGUGGAGAAAGAAACCAUCGAGCUGGUUCACACGAAACCCACGGAGACACGUGAGCUCCCCUACAGGAUCCCCACGGACUCACCCAGAUAUCACUUUUUCAUCUUCAAGCAUUCUCACCAGGGCCGCACUCAGGAGGCACUCGUGUUCAUCUAUUCCAUGCCUGGCUACACGUGCAGCAUAAAGGAGCGCAUGCUGUACUCCAGCUGUAAGAACAGACUCCUGGAGGAGGUGGAGAGAGAUUAUCAGCUUGAAGUCGCCAAGAAGAUGGAGAUCGAUAGUGGCGACGGCCUGACAGAAGACUUCCUGUACGAGGAGGUCCAUCCAAUGGAGCACACCUUGAAGCAGGUGUUCGCCAAGCCCCGAGGACCCGGAGGGAAGAGAGGCAACAAACGCCUGAACAAGAGUGCAGGGGAAAAUGGCGAGGAAAUGUAAACACGUGCUUGACAUCUGUCGAGAAACUUGUUUUAUUCCGAAAUAAAAGACAUGCUUUUAUUCUGCAGAACUCAUCUGCUUGCUGUCUGCUUAUUCUCAAUAUGUUCUUCUUCUUAUCAUUAUUAUUAUAUUAUUAUGCUUUUUUUUUACAUCCAGUCAGGC